AUGGUUAAUCUAGAUUUAUAUUUUAAUGAUUUUAUGAAAGGUGAGAUAGAAACAAGGAAUAAAAACAUUAUUAGCUUUCUAAAUAAAGAAAUGGGAAAUGAAUUUAAAUAUAAAUAUAAUAAUUUAUCUGAAAUGGAAAUAGACAACCUAUUAUCUUAUGAUGAUAAUUUAUUUGAGAUAGUUGACAUUAUUUUUUCUAAAAUUUGUAAAGUAGAAAAGGAUUAUAAAUAUUAUUUUAAAGAAAAAGAAGCUCUUGAAGAAAUUAAGAUUAAUUUUUAUUUAAAAUUACAAGAAAAUGAUAAACUUAAAAAAGUAAUUGAAUUAGGUUCGUCGUUUAAAAUAACUAGUUAUGAAGAUUAUGAUAAAAACAUGUCAAAUAAAGGACCAGAUUCUAAUCAAUGUUCUAUUAAGACUGAAAAAUUGAAUCCAAUAAUAUAUCACUCUUCAAAAUUAUUAUUAUGUAGGUUGCAUAGAUUACAGUAUGAUAUUUUAUGUUGUAAGAAAAACAUUAAAAAGUAUAAUGAAAGUAGUAAAUUAAAAGAAGAAGAGAUGGUAAUAAAGGAAAGAAAAGAAACGUUGUUAGUAAUGGUGUUAAUUUCAUUUAUUGUCGGUGUGUUAUACAAAUAUUAUUAUCAAUAA